AUGUUCGGCACUCGUAUCUUGAGGAUGCAGCCCACUCGGGCUUAUGCAUUCCCUACUCCUAAGGAGAACCAGAGCGCGCAUACCAUCUCUCAGCGUCUGCGCACGCUCAAACGGGUCCCUCCCGAGUUGAUCCCUCUCGGUCUCGUCCUUGGUGUCGCCGUCGGUGCUGCCAUCUACGCCAGCUCUCACAAGCUCCUGACCGACAAGACCCUCCGUCUGUCCCGUAACUCGCCCGAGGACCGCGAGCACUAA